AUGGGGUGUGUCAGAGACGAUGAAGAGGAGGAAUACAGGAGCCUGGUGAGGAACUUUGUUGUUUGGUGCCACACAAACAACCUGCAGCUGGUCAUCGGCUUUGGGAAGGACAGACCCAGACCUAGACCAGUUCUGUUAAGAGUCAGGGAGGUGGAGGUCAUGGAGACCUAUAAAUAUAUUGGGCUGUGGCUGGACAACAAGCUGGGCUGGACAAGAAAAACAAAGCAGCUGUACAAGAUGGCUCAGAGCAGGAUAGGCCUGCAGGAUCCACAAAUCAUCUCUAUGAAUUCCUCAUCUUAUGGCCUUAACAUGUCAAGUAGUCUAAGACGAGAUUCUUACAGCACAGCUGUGGCCAAAAAUGUGAUUGUUCUGUCUCUUGGCCUCACUAUCAACUAUAUCAAUGGUACCCUAAUUCACACCUUAAGAAAACACCAGAUAUUUUUCUUGAAUCCCCGUUACGUCCUUUUCAUCCACCUGGUUGUGAACGAUAUGAUCCAUCUUACUACAACAAUAACUCUGUUUCUUUCAAGUUAUAUUUUUCACAAACUUAAUGCUUCCCUUUGUCUCAUCAUCAUUACGUUUGCUGUGUUCACCACCCUCAAUACUCCAUUAAAUUUAGCUGUUAUGGCCGUUGAGUGCUAUAUCGCCAUUUGUCAUCCACUUCGACACACUGAGUUGUGCACGAUCAAAAGAACAUACAUUCUGAUUGGUUGGAUUUGGGCCUUGAGUGCAGUCUCAAUCCUGCCUGAUGUGUUUAUUCUUAUUGCAACAGAGCCUGCACAGUUAUUUCAUUCUGCCAUUUUUUGUGCCAAGGAUGACCUGUUCCGACACCCUAUACACUUGAAAAAGAGGGAUGUCUCCUACAUUGUUUAUUUCAUCGUUGUUGGACUCACUCUCCUCUACACUUACAUCAACAUAUUCUUUGCUGCUAAAGAAGCUAAAGUUGCUAAAUCAGCAGAUGGAGACACAAAGAAGGCUAGGAAUACAAUCCUGCUCCAUGGCUUUCAGUUAUUGUUGUGUAUGUUAACCUAUAUAGCCCCUGAGUUACGAAGCAUGAUGUUUUACUGGUUUCCUAAACAUUAUUUACAUGCAAUCUUUGUCAACUACAUCAUCAUCCAGAUAUUUCCCAGGUUUGUCAGUCCCCUUGUGUACGGGCUUCGAGACAAGACACUUAGACAGCAUUUGAAAAAGUACCUGCUGUGUACAGUGAGAUUGUACACCAUCGUGUUGCUGUACUACAACGUGGGAUCUCAAUGA